GCGGAGGGGCCAGAGUUGUGAGCGCGGCGCUGAUUGCCGCGGCGGACAAAGCAAACCGGAUCCCAGACCCCGAGGAGCCCCUCGGACCCGCCCGGCCUGGCCAGGCCCCGCGCGAUGAAGUUCCUCUGGGCCCCUCUCUUGGGUCUGUGCUGCAGUCUGGCCGCUGCUGACCGCCACACCGUCUACUGGAACAGUUCCAACCCCAAGUUCUGGAAUGAGGACUACACAGUACAUGUGCGGUUGAAUGACUACCUGGACAUCAUCUGUCCACAUUAUGAGGAUGACUCUGUGGCAGAGGCCGCCAUGGAGCAGUACACGCUGUACUUUGUGGAGCAUGAGGAGUACCAGCUGUGCCAGCCCCGAUCCAAGGACCAGGUCCGCUGGCACUGCAACAAGCCCAACACCAAGCGUGGCCCGGAAAAGCUGUCUGAGAAGUUCCAGCGCUUCACGGCCUUCACCCUGGGCAAGGAGUUCAAAGAGGGACACAGUUACUACUACAUCUCCAAACCCAUCCACCAGCAAGAAGAUCAAUGCUUGAGGCUGAAGGUGACCGUCAAUGGCAAAAUCACUCACAGUCCUCAGGCCCAUGCCAAUCCACAGGAGAAGAGGCUUCCAGAAGAUGACCCAGAGGUACAGGUUCUACAUAGCAUCGGUCACAGUGCUGCCCCUCGCCUCUUCCCACUUGCCUGGGCUGUGCUGCUUCUGCCACUCCUGCUGCUGCAAACUCCGUGAAGGUGUAUGCCAUACUUGGCUUAAGGAUUGAGACUGGGCUGAGGGGUAGGGGCAGGCAUCACUCACCUGUCCUGGGGCAGCUCCCAAAGCCCCAGUCCUGGGAACCAUUCCCACCACAUGCACAAGCUGCUACCCAGCAGCUUUGAAACGGGUCAGUAUUAAGAGUUUCAACCCAAAGGAGGUUGGGAAGCCUGGCAGUGCCAUCCCCACCUCCACCUCAGAGGGACAGAGAAAGAAGUGGGGACAGUCCUUUCCCCUCCAUUCCUGCUAUUAAGCCAAAGAAACAACUGUGCAGACAUCACUGCUGAAGAAGGGGCACAUGGCCUAGGGUUAUGCAGGUGGAUGCUGAGCUUAGAAAAGGUGACCCUCCCAGAGAGAGCCAGGAUGCCCAGAUGAACUGAUGGAAGGAAAAGCUUGGGGGGCAGGGGCAAGAGAGGCAGCAUGCUUGGGCUGACCUAGCAUCACCCCACCAAAAGUUCCAUCUGUGGAGCUGCCACAGAGAGGUUAUGGCAAGGUCCUGCAUCCUCUGCCCCAUCCUGGGGGCAGCACUCCCCAGAGCUGUGCCAGCAGGGGGCUGUGCCAACCUGUUCUUAGAGAGUGUAGCUAUAAGGGCAGUGCCCAUGUGUACAGAGUCUGCCUACAGUGUAGUGUGAAGGGCAGGGCCCACGUGUACGAUAUCUGUAUAUAAAGUAGCUGUGUGUCUGUGCUGAUUUCUACAACUGGAAUUUUUAUACAAUGUUCUUUGUCUCAAAAUAAAGCCAUGUGUUUGUUUUA